AUGGAUGAUGAAGAAAAGUUAAAUGAACCCAAGGUUGAAAUGGUAUUUCAAUCCAUGGAAGAAGUUUUUACAUUUUAUACAAAUUAUGCAAAGAAAAUGGGAUUUGGUGUAGUAACGAAAAGCUCAACACGCGGAGAUGAUGGAAAUUUAAAGCAUUUCACUUUUGCAUGUGCUAAAGCACAUAGAAAAGAAUCAACAAGUAAAAAUUUGUUAUCGUCAAAGCUCUCGACACAAACGAGAAGUCAAGCUAAAAUAAGAUUCAAAAGGUGUGAAGAUGAGAGUUUUAAGAUAACAACCGUUGAGCUUAGUCAUGAUCAUGAUUUGAGUCCGGGGAAAGCACGUCAUUUGAGAUGUCAUAGGAAGCUAAAUGAGCAAGUGAAAAGGAGACUUGAUAUAAAUGAUCAAUCAGGUAUUGCUCCAAACAAGAACUUUCGUUCUCUUAUUGUAGAUGCAGGAGGACGCCAUCUGAAAGCCAUUAUUACAGAUCAAUGUAAGGCCAUGCAAAAUGCUAUUGCGAUUGUAUUUCCAAAUACAAAGCAUAUGUGGUGUUUAUGGCAUAUCAUGAAAAAGCUUCCUGAAAAGUUGAGGGGAUAUUCUAAAUAUGAAGAAAUAAAGGAAACCUUGCAAAGUGUUGUUUAUGAUUCUUUAAAUGAAAAUGAGUUUGAAAAUGGAUGGUCACUAUUGAUUGACAUCUAUGAUCUCAAUGAGAAUGAUUGA